ACCUUGUCAUAUAAGUUGUGGCUAAAAUCGGUGACGGUUUAUUUACAAUUGUUUGUCACACCUGAGAGGAAGAGUUUACAUUUAAAUAUCGAGAACGAUCUCGUGUCUGGAAAUGACAGAUUUGAUUUGAAAUGACGACAUCGGAAUCGAGUUCAGUUUCCAAAGCAAAUGGAGUUCGAGACUACAAAGUUGUCAUCUUGGGUGAUGGUGGAGUCGGAAAAAGUGCUCUGGUGAUCCAAUUUGUGUGUCACAGAUUUUUGGAAUACCAUGAUCCCACUAUAGAGGAUGCAUACCAGCAACAGGCAAGGAUUGAUGGAGAACCAGCCAAGCUUGACAUCCUGGACACAGCCGGUCAGCCGGAGUUCAAUGCUAUGAGGGAGCAAUAUAUGAGAAAAGGUGAGGGUUUCAUCAUCUGUUACUCAAUCACUGACCGUCGUAGCUUUGACGAGGUCCUCACCUACAAAAAGCUCAUCAACCGGGUACGAUGUAGAGAGGAUAUCCCCAUAGUAAUAGCUGGCAACAAAUGUGACUUGGAGGAAAAGAGAAAGGUGUCUGUUGAAGAGGGUUUAGCUUUGGCCAGACAGCUAGAAUGUCCAUUCUUUGAGACGUCAGCAGUUUUAAGGAAAUGUGUGGAUGAUGUGUUUCACAAACUUGUGCAGGAGAUCCGACGAAAAGAACUUGAUGCUUGGGAACUUGAAAACAAAUCAACGCAUAAACCAAAAGGUUUUCGUCGUCUGGGCUCGGUAUUUGGUCGUCUUAAUGUGUUCAAAAAGGGGUCACGGUCACCUAACACCUGAGGAUUCAUUUAUCCAGGAUUGUCUCCGUCCUCCCUCCUCAGCAGAAAUGUUGGCCGUUCACACACAUGAAGCCUAGAACAGCAAUGCAAACAGAUUGGGCUCCAUAAUGCUUUACUAUUUUGUUUGGUAUAUUUGUGUGUGCGUCAUUUGAGUACAGUAAGUGUGCUAGUGAGAUAUGUGUGAAAUCCUAGUCAGACUCCAAAAAGACUGAAGCUUUGACAAACAUCAAAUUAAAGAAAAUUCAUUUUUGGAAAACACUCCAAAGAAUGCUUCAAAAGUUAACAUAUAAAAGAAUAUUCAUAUGUGAUUUGUUUCUUUGCACUGAUAAUGUUAUCUUGUAUUAAACUUAAGGAACGUUCCGAGGUUGAGAAUGUUUGUAAAACUGAAACUUUUGAAUUGAACCCAGAGUUAUUUAGGUAUCACAAGCUGAUAUUAAGGUGUGUUAAUUAUGUUGGUGUCUGUAGUAGGUUUUACUUUUACAGCAAUUUUGAUUUUUUACACUAAGAAGACAUUAUUUAGACCUUAAAUAUGGAAAAAAGUAAAGAUGAAUAUGAAGAAAUAUAAUCAAAGUAUUUUGAAUAGACAGCAGGGUAGUAAGGACACCAUAUCAUUUUGUUGUGAUUGUUUUAUAUGUAGCGGAAAUAUAGUCAGAAUCAUUGUAGAAAAGGUUUCUAUAUGAAAUAGACAACUACAACAAAGUUUUGUUUCCAAUGUGAUCGUUUCUUGUUGCUGAUGUCAUAGUCUUAAAGUAUGUAUGAUAUAAACGUAUCCAAGUUGAUUGUUAAUGGUCGAACAAAAAGCAUUGGUGUGUAAUUUUGUGUCCUUACUUGUUUGUUUAAACUAUUUGGUCACUUUACCUUAUAAAUGUACAAAACAGUCUUAACUACAUACAGAAAUAUUUUUUUCUGAUUUGUGUUUUCUUAUAAAACUCUACAGUUGAAUUAGGCAAAAGCAACCUAAAGAAGUUACUUCCAUUCAUAAAUUUGUAAUUCUUGAUUUUUUUUUUUUUUUUGUGUAUUUAAAAUUUCGCAAUAAGUGUUACUUCCUCUGUGGACAUGUCCCAAAUUUCAUACAUUGAAUGCCAAAUUUUAGUAGCUUGCUUGACUGAAGGGCAAGUGGUACGACUUUCGUCUGUUUGACUUCCCACUAUAUUCCAUUGAUCAUCCUCAGAAUCAACAAAGGGCUGGGAUUAUUGUAGCAUGUUGGGAUAAAGAGUUACAGCAUUUGUCAAGAUAAAUUAUCUUGACCCUUGUUUCAAGGAUACAGAGGUCAAGUAUGAUAAAAUCUCCAAACACAUACUUUCUCCUGAAUAGGCAAGAAAGUCAUAAAUAUAAUAUAGUAUUUAUGCUUAAGUAAGCCCCUGGUGUAAAAUGAUGGUAUUCAAGUUUCGGUAGGACUUUUUUCGUAAACUUUGCUUACCCAGAUACUUUUUUUGUAAAAUUGAUUAUUUUACAAACAUUAACAAGGGUGCAUAUUUGUGAGCACGGGCUAACUUGCUGAUAAAAAUAGCAUUUCACCAGUAACAAACUGAAAAGAAAGGUAUUCAGUUUCAGAUGGACAUGAAAGAUGCCAGAUCAAAUUUUGCCUUUUGUUCAUUCUCCCUUUCCCUUUUCUCAAAGUUCUGAAAUGUUUAAUACACCUACUGAUAAGUACAUGUAACCGAUUCUGAUACAUCUAGUGAUUUAGCAUUCAGAUCUCUUUGGGUUAUGACAUAUGUGAUGCUUCAGUAGCCUUUAAAACUAAACACCUUCAUUGAUAUUAAUGUGAAGGGUUACAUUCAUUCAUUUUAAGAUUUUAAUUGAACAGGCAUUUUCUCAAUACUCUCUGUAAGCUUAAUUGAUAAAUUCCAAUAUGGCAGUUCAGCUGUUCAGAUAAUUUGGUAAAACCAGUAAUAUUUUCUGGAAAAAUGUAAGAAUUGAGUGACUGGAGUUAAAUUGCUGGUGAACAAUAUUCUGUUCAAUAUUUUUUUAUUUUUUUCAUCAUUCCUUCACACUUUUUGAAAAAUUUUGUUGAUGUUUGGAUUUUUAUUUGGUGUGUUUCAUACUUGUGAAAAUGUUUGUGAUGUAGAGUUAUGUUCACAUUAACGAUGCCAAAGUAUGUUUGUCAUUGUGUUUGUUUUACACACCAAGUAAACCAAAAGAAAUAUAAUGUCCAUUCUUACAGACCUUCUCAAGCUUAGACGCCCAUUAGAACACAAUCUCAGCAUGAGAAGGGCACAAACUUGAUUUGUUAAGUGGUGGGUAGGUUAUUGUAAAGUGCUUCAGUAUUCACAACAGUGCUAGUCCAUCCAUUUCUUAUGAGUCUUUGAAAGACUUUUAGCACAUCAUUUGCUUUUAAAGAUAUAUUUUUUAAUGUCUAGAGAAAUAGCUUUAUAGUUUUACAUGUUUUAUAAUUAGCUUUAGCUUUAAUCAUGCACUGUCAGAAAUGUGGAGAUGUUGGAAUGCUGACCUUGUGAAACCAUAGACUACAAAGUCCAUGGUGAAACGUAUCUAAUGGUGGAAAAGUUUCUACAUAGCUUUCUUUUGUUUACUUAAUGUUAUUAUGGGAAUCAGUUUUUAAUUACUGGUGUUGCAUGAAGAUUUGAAUCUGGUUUGAUCUUUUGUCAGAUUAAGUUUUUAUUAUGGAUAUUGUGAAUUACAAUUUAUUCCAAAAUAAUUCCAAAUUGGUAGAAACUGAGGUUACACAAACUCAUGGAUGUUGUUUAUGGUAUUUAUUUCUCUCUCAUUUAGCUUAAGUGAGUUUAAAGCUUGUGUUUUUUGUAACUUCUGAAAAAUAAACUGACAAAAUUGAAUUUAAUACUAUGAACAGCAAGCAUGACUUUGUGUGACCAGCUUCUACCACAAGAAAAAAAAUUCUACACUAAGAAUCUAUUGACUUUGUUUACUAGCUUUGGUUGCAGUGCAAUAGAAUGACCAGAAGUAAAACGCCGAUAAUUUAUUUCCAAAAAUCACAAAUCCAGAACUUUUUAAUUCAUUACAGCUUAUAACAAGAAAUUAACAAAUUAGUAUUUUUAAGUCCAUCUGUUAUACAGUAAAUGUAUAAAAAUUAGAUGAUGAAAAGAACAGUAUAAACUUGUUUUAUUCUGAGCUUGAAUUUCUGUGAGGGCAUGAAGUGCAAUUUCGAACAAAAUUCAUCCUGUCAGCCAAUAGGAACAUGUAAAAUUGUGAAACCACACGUUGUAUAACAUAUAUGUUUAUUUAAUUCACAAAAGUUAGAAUUAUUAUUUGAUGCCUUGAUAGUUGAAUAACAUCAACCUAUUGUGGUAGAAAUAAAUAUCAACACCAUAUCUUUUUUCUUAAUAAAAAAAAAUUUAAAAACUUAAGUUUAAUUAUUGCUUUAUAACAGGCAUAUUAUAAGGAUAUAAAGAGAAUAAGUAUAUUUUUAGCAUGAUUACAAAGAUUCCAUUUUGUCAUCUUCAUAGACUGAUUGAAGGGAGAUAACUUCAGCUAUUUCAUUACAUAUCUUAACUGUUACAUUGUUUUCUGAGAUGUAAGGAGUUUAUCUGGUACCUAUAGCUAUAUCACAAACUUGUUAGUUCUAAAACACCUAAAUACAGAAUGAUAAGAAUUGAGGCAUUACCUUUAUCCAACAUACUCUCUGUGCAGAAGAACUGUUGAUUAGCUUUCGACCUACAUGUGGAUUUCUUGGGCAUAUUUAAGUUAUUUUUGAGAAUUUGCCUUAAUGGCUUUCAAGCUAUUUUCUUUAUGGAUUGUUUUUUGUUAAUGAGAUAUUUUGUUUGUUUGUUUUUAACAUCAAAAGGCUGGUUUGUGGUAAAACUCUUUGUUGAAUUUGAGAUGGAGAUAUUUUUCAUGGAUGAAACUAAACUAAGUUUUAAUAAUCAAAUUUUUGAACAUUUAAGUUGUACAUAUUUGCAAUACUGCUUUUAAGUGUUAAAAAUACAUGCUUUGUAUAUUCAGUGUGGAAAUGUGCAUUCAUUCAGAUAUUUAAAAACAUGUUUGAAAAGAAGCAGCAUCAUGUACACAGGUUUAUAUUGGCUACAUGUGUAUAUAUAGGUACACAAUAUUUAUUUUUUGUGUGUUAACUCUACUGGAACUAUCGCAACAUUUAUUUGUAUUUAACAUUAGCCAUUUUCAAAUUCAACAGGUUACACUUCUCAUAGAAAUAUUUUCUUUGCAACCUUAGAAUAUGUCCUAACAUGUCGCCCUUAUAAAAAGUCAAAAUUUAAAUUUCUUUUAUUAGAGAUAUGCUGGAUCCUUCAAUCAAUUUGUAGACUUAGCAUCCCAAAUAUAACUGUACAGCCUUUAUGUCUGUUGGGACUUAUUCCUAGGGUGAAGAAAUGUUAUUGAUGUUAAGAAUGAAUCUAGUUGAUUUGAAGAUGUACAUCUUUUCCCUGCAAGUAGCUUCGGGUGAGCUUGCAAUUUGAGAUUGUUCAAGCUUACUCGGGAGAGCAUUUCAUGUGGUGGGGAUAGAGCACUUUCAGAAAACUUUUAGGUUCCUGUGCUUCAGUGCUUUGAUGUUUUGUUUUGCCGUUGAAGUUGUUAACUGGUGUUGUGCCAGGAUGAUUAGAAUUUGGAUUCUGAAGUAUAUUAUUAUUUUCUGUUUUCUGUGCAAUAAUCCAUUUCUAUCAUUCAUUUAUUUAUAGACUACAUUUAAGUUAUUAUGAAAUAAAAAUAGAAAAUCUUUUAAA